GCGCUCAGCUCGCCUCCAUCCUCCCCGCAGUCUCAGCCGCGAGCUCCCGGCGACGCUGGCGGGCGGUGGCCGGGCGCCCAGGCUCUGACUCCGGCUUGUCCCGAGGCUCGAGGCAGCUGCACCCCUGCCCUCCUGCCUCGCCAGCGUCGGUGACUGCCUCGGGGGCACUUUGAUUCGAGCAGGGCCGCGCCCCCGGGACCGAGUAACCUUCGCAGGACAACAUAGAAGAACAAAAUGGAAACCACGCUAUUUUGGUUGAUACUUUCCACCCUUGGGUGGACUCUCAUCGAUGGAUCUGAAAUGGAACGGGAUUUCACGUGGCACUUGAGAAAAAUACCCCGGCUUGUCAGUGAAAGGACCUUCCAUCUCACCAGCCCCACCUUUGAAGCAGACGCUAAGAUGGUGUUAAAUCAAGCGUGUGGCAUCGAAUGCCAGAAAGGGCUCCCGGCUCCCAACCUUUCUGACCUGGAAGACUCUCUCUCAUAUGAGACUGUCUUUGAGAACGGCACCCGAACCUUGACCAGAGUGAAAGUUCAAGGUUGGGUCCCUGAGCCACAUGAAAAUCUCACUGCCCAGGGAGCACCUGUGAGGAGAAAGAGACAGGUGUACGGCACUGACAGCAGGUUCAGCAUCUUGGACAAGAGAUUCUUAACCAAUUUCCCUUUCAAUACGGCCGUGAAGCUCUCCACGGGCUGCAGUGGCAUCCUCAUCUCCCCCAACCACGUCCUAACAGCUGCCCAUUGUGUCCACGACGGAAACGACUACAUCAAAGGCAGCAAAAAGCUAAGGGUAGGGUUGUUGAAGAUGAGAAAUAAAGGUAGUGGCAAGAAACAUAGAGGUUCUAGGAGGAACAGGAGGGAAGCAAGGGGUGGUGCUGGAAGAGAGGGUAGCAGAGAGAACCUGAAGGAGGGCGCCAAGGCCGGGAGAAGGAGAAAGGAAUCUGCUCGGGGUCAGAGAGCCGCUGACGGGAUGCCCUCCUUCCAGUGGACCCGGGUCAAGAACACCCACAUCCCCAAAGGCUGGGCUAGAGGAGGGAGGGGAGAUGCGGCCUUGGAUUAUGACUACGCCCUUCUGGAGCUGAAGCGUGCUCACAAAAAGAAAUACAUGGAGCUGGGCAUCAGUCCCACCGUCAAGAAGCUGCCCGGCGGAAUGAUCCACUUCUCAGGAUUUGAUCACGACCGGGCAGAUCAGUUAGUCUACCGGUUUUGCCACGUGUCCGAUGAAUCCAAUGAUCUUCUCUAUCAAUACUGCGAUGCCGAGUCGGGCUCCACUGGCUCUGGGGUCUAUCUGCGUCUGAAAGAUCCGGACAAAAAGAGAUGGAAACGCAAAAUCAUUGCGGUCUAUUCCGGCCACCAGUGGGUGGACAUAAACGGAGUUCAGAAGGACUACAACGUGGCCGUGCGCAUCACGCCCCUCAAGUACGCCCAGAUCUGCCUCUGGAUGCACGGGGAUGAUGCCAGUUGCACCUACGGCUAACGGAUCCCUGAAACGAGGUUGUGGAUGACCUACAUCGCAGAGAAAACUGGUUCUGAUUACUCUAGUAAAGAUCACUUCAUAGGUUUUGCUUGGACUUGAACCCUAUCCAUAGUAUUUCAACAUGUUUAUUUUUUCAAAAUUAGGAGCUUUUCAUACAUUUUUAAAAGGUGUAGGUACGCAUCCUACAAUUAGAUGGACACUUCAAUGCCAAGUAUAUAUUCUUCUUUACAUGGUGGUAAGUUCAUUGGUGGGAAAAUUUUUGUUUCUUUCUGCCUUGUUAAAGAUUAGACACUCUUUAAAUUUUCAAGCUGGUAUCAUAAAUAAUAUGUGAUUUCUCAAUGGACUGACUCUCAGGGUCCUACUCUAAGAAGAGGCCAAUAGGAUGCCGGUUGUGUAUUCAAUGUGAAACUGCAUAUACAGAGGUGGACGACUAGAAUCAAGUUUGAGACAGUUAUAACACAGUUUGUACUACUCUGAGGUAGACCCAUUCAGCUCAUGCCCUCCAUGUUUAUAUUGUGUUUUCCAUUGGGUCUGAGAAACUUUAGGUUUUUUUCUUUCUUUUUUUUUUUUUUUUUUUUUUUUUGCGGUACGCAGGCCUCUCACUGUUGUGGUCUCUCCCGUUGCGGAGCACAGGCUCCGGACGCACAGGCUCAGCGGCCAUGGCUCACGGGCCCAGCCGCUCCGCGGCACGUGGGAUCCUCCCGGGCCAGGGCACGAACCCGUGUCCCCUGCCUCGGCAGGCGGACCCCCAACCACUGCGCCACCAGGGAAGCCCUCUUUUUUUUUUUAAGAAUUACAAUGAACAGCAAGCUUUAUAAACAAAACUAUUAACAGUUUUACUGCUUUAAAAAAAUACCAACUGAAGUGUUAUUAUUUAUGGGAGAACUACUUUGUUCUAUGAAAUAAAUCUAAUUUAAAAACAGGGAAACUGAGACUUUUAAGAUCUCAAGUUUUUAUUUAACUAGUAUUCAGAAUAUGGACUUUUCAAGUAUGCGUAGGAAAACAGUUCCAAAGUUAAUAAAUGAUCAGGUGUUGAAAGCCACAUCAUUUUAUACAGCUACACAGUCUCCUACGAAUGAGGUGUUACAGUUUGAGACAAGGAAUUCUAUCGUCUUUUUUAAGAGAAAGCCUUUCUUCCCCUUGACAAAGUUCGCUUUUCUUAAUAGGGCCACAGACAUAUUAUUUUGGUGAAUUCUCUGAUUAGCGAUUUUGGAUAUGUCCCUUUAACAAAGUGAGUAUAAUUUAUGAAUAUAAUUUUUAAAAGAAAGUUCUGAUCGUUUUCAUUAGGGACCAAGGCGGUGCACACACUGGGGCCAUCAUGGCAGCCUCAGCAGACAGAGUCCAGUGGCUGCCCUGGGGCAAAACACAGAGUAGACACUCAAUACAUAUUUCUUGAAUGAUCAGAUAUUUGCUGAAUGGUUGUACAAGCGGUUUAGUUCAGGCCAUUAUGUUUAAAGGGUUUUAGUGAUUUGUAAUUGAGUGCACUAUAAAAUUCAGGAGUUGCAGACCUUAUUUCUGGGCUGCUCUUCCUGGUAGUGUCUAGGGUACACGCUCUUCUCUUGGGACACACCCAAGUCAUUGAUUCUGCCUGAGUUCCAAUUUAUUUUACUUGUUAUUAUUUUCCAUAAUAAGGGGAAGUUAUACCCUUGACUAGUAUGCAAAGGAAUACAUGAUUAGAUUAUGUUAAAAAGUGAUUUUGUAAAUGGUGUUGAAAAUAGCUGAAAUUUAGCACAAGUUAUAUUCUUUUAUAAUGUGAAUCUGUUAAAAAUCAUUCAAUAAAAA